UUAAUGUAAUUUCAAAUGAUAUAAAUAAAAUGAAUUUAAACAAGCUACUGAAAUGGAAGCAAAUAAAUCAUGGGAUACUACGGACAUUGUUUAGGAGUUCGAGCAAUUUCAAAAGACAACCUUUAGUUGCUAAGAUUGAUCAAUUGGCAGAAAUAAAACGGUCCCGUUUUCAGGGUCGUUCUGAUAUGACCGGUUUGGAAUGGAGCCAAUUAAGAGAAUUUCUAAUACAUAACUUUAAACACAUUAAUCGUAACAACGUCGAUGCCGUUAUAGUGGGUGUAUGCAAUGAGUCCCAGCAAUUGCAGCUGGCAAAAAGUUACAUUAAACACCUUAGAGAAAAUGGUAAUGAGCCCAAUGAUGCUACUUUUGGGAAAUUGCUGCGAAUUUAUAAUAGCGUCUACCAUGCAAGAGGAGGUAAUGAGAAGUCAUUAACCGCAGAGGAGCAACAUGAAAUAUUAGAAAUUUAUAAAAAUAUUCGCAGCAAACAUGAAGUUCUCGAUUCGAUAUCGUGUGAAAAUCUUAUUUACGGAUUGGUGACAACAAAUAAUUGGAAAGAAGGUCUUGAACUAAUGGAAAUGAUGAAAAUUACAGCGUCGCCAACAUUGCCGGCGUAUACUGAAAUGGCAAUCAAAGCUUUCCGCACAAAGGAUAUUGUUUUAGGAUGGACGUUGUUAGAGCAAAUGGUGGAGCUACGUAAACAACCCAAAUGUGAAAUAUUUCUUGAAUAUAUCAAUGCUGUAUCGGCUGAUGUGAAAACUGUAACGGCUGAAUUAGAUAGGCUAUUUGUUUUCCUGCAGACACACUAUUUGGUCAUAACGGAAAAGGUAGCAAAAGCUAUUGUUGAGCUUUCCCUAAACCAUAGCCAUAUAUUGUCGGCGAAACUGACAAAUCUGCAACGAUUUGGCAAAUGUUCCUCUUGCAGUCUGCAUUUAGAAAAUGUAUCAUUGUGCGACAGUGACUUUUACAAACUACAAAAUGCAUUUUUGGACAAGGUUCUCAUACGAAAUGAUGUCUUUCAAAAGUCAACUCCCGAGGAGGUAAAGAAUUUUUGUGAAUAUGUUGACAAAACCGGCCCAUAUGAUUGCGUUAUAGAUGGUUUGAAUGUGGCCUACUCGAUGGGAAGCAAAAAGCCACCACAGGUUUAUGCGAACUUGUUGGCUUCUGUUGUGAAAUAUUUUAACAACAAAAAUAAGCAUGUUUUGGUUUUAGGCCGCAAACAUAUGAAUAAUUGGCCCAAAAAGACAAUGCAAUACGUGAAGGACAAUGCUGCUAUGUUUUUGGCAAAUGAUCUUUCCCACGAUGAUCCCUUUCUUCUGUAUGCGACAUUAAAAAGUGGCCAAAGAACCGACUUCUUUUCAAGGGAUUUUAUGCGGCAACAUGCCUUUCUGCUUGGCCCUGAUUUGAAAGGAAUAUUUCGUCGUUGGCAGCAAGAACAUCAAUAUUCGCUAAUAACCCAAACGAAUAGCGGCAAAAUAAUCGUUAAAGAGCCCAUACGACAUUUAAUAUGUGCCCAUAAAGUUAAGGACCGAUGGCAUGUGCCAUAUAAACAGCAGUAUGAACAGCAUGUAUCUGAUAGCUUCGAAGUACCUGAUUGCUGGAUGUGCAUACAAUUACUGCAGAAAAAAUAAAUAAAGAAAAAAAACGAGGAAUUGUUGGCUUUUGUUUUCAUAUCAAAUUCAUAUUUAGUUACGCAUUGUUAGAUCAUUUUUUUU